AUCGGAAUGACAAGAUGGACCACCGGAAUGACCUGAUGGAGAAACACAUGGAGAAUAUGGACGUACGGAUGGAAGAGUUGCGGAAGGUGGUGGAAAACCAAAAGCAUCAUCGAUCACGAGGGCGAUCGCGAUCACCAAAGAAGAGAGGUCAUAUCGAGGGUCGGAAAUCCUCAACCUCCACAGGAAGAAGUAUACGAGUGCGGGGAAGGUUUGCGGCUAGUACAACGGAAGCUCUAGCGGUUCGAGAGGCUGUUAUUUGGGCAGGACAGGCCGGGUGGUCAAGUGUGGUUAUUGAAUCCGAUGCUCUCUCAGUGGUCCAGGGGAUUGCAACUUCGGAUGGUAUUGCUUACGAGGAUAGCAUUUUUGCUGAGAUUAGACAUAUGAUAGCUAGUUUGCUAAGUUAAGUGUCCAUUUUGUGAAGCGAUCAGCGAAUCGGGUUGCCCAUACUUUGGCUCGGCAGGCCGAUUCGGAGUCUGAUUGUUUAUGGGUGGGAACUCCACCGGAUUGUAUUGUAAACUUGCUUCGGUUUGAUUGCUAAAUAUAUGUUAUUUG